GUUUCAGACAUGCAUUCCUGGCUUUCGGAGGGUCAACGGAGAUCUGUACAACGGUGUGUGUGAAGCUUGUCGUUGCUAUGAACACGCUACACGAUGCCACGAGGUCACAGGACACUGCCUGGACUGCGACGACCACACCACUGGCCCCCACUGUGACGCAUGCCUACCUGGCUACUAUGGUAACGCCACCCAUGGCGACUGUCAUCCCUGCGCCUGCCCACUCAAUCUUCCCAGCAACAACUUCAGCCCCACCUGCCACCUCGGUGACGAAGGGUUGCUGUGCGACCAGUGUCAGCCUGGAUACACAGGACCACGAUGUGACAGAUGUUCCAACGGAUACUACGGCAAGCCCGCUGUUCCAGGAGGCUCCUGCCAGCCCUGUGAUUGCCAUGACAACCUGGACCUAUCAAUACCUGGCAGCUGUGAUCCGGUCACAGGCCAGUGUGUGCGCUGUCGGCAAGGUUACGGCGGAGCGGCGUGCGGCAGUUGCGCUGAUGGUUACUAUGGAGAUGCUGUCACGGCGAAAAACUGCCAACCCUGUCAGUGCCACACCAAUGGCUCAGUAGUGGAGGUCUGCAACAAGGAGACUGGACAGUGCGAGUGCAAAGACAAUGCGGUUGGACGCCAGUGUGACGAGUGCAUGCCUAACUGCUGGUGGGAUGCUGAGCGUCAGGAGUGUGCGGCCUGUCGCUGCAGCCCCCACGGCUCUAUGUCUCAGCGCUGCGACGUCGAGGGCCGCUGCAUCUGUCGCCCCGGCUUCGUGGGCCGAAGCUGUGACCUGCGUCGCCAGGGUUUUGAGAGGCGUGAGACACGGCGGCCCGUGGAGAGAGUUCCAGUGGAGGCUGUUCAGCAGAGAUGGGCGGGGCCGUCCCGCACGGGGGGUUGUCCCCGGGGGGCGUACAAGCCUAAGAUAGGGCCUCAGACUCAUGGCAUCAGCACAGGCGGACAGUGCGUCCCGUGUCACUGCAAUUCGUUCGGUUCCAAGUCAUUCGACUGCGAUGAAAUCGGUCAGUGUCGGUGUCAGCCGGGCGUCACCGGACCCAAAUGUGACCGCUGCGCUCGAGGAUUCUUCAACUUCCAAGAGGGCGGCUGCACACCCUGCCAGUGCAGCCAUGUGGGAAAUAACUGUGAUGCAAACACAGGACAGUGCAUCUGUCCUCCCAACACUAUUGGUGAGAGGUGCGACCGCUGUGCUCCAAACCACUGGGGCCAUGAUAUAAUAACUGGAUGCAAGGAGUGUGGCUGCAGUGUGGUCGGCUCAGUGACGCAGCAGUGCAACAUGAACACGGGCUGCUGCUUGUGUCGGGAUUCCUUCAGAGGAGAGAAAUGUAAUGAAUGUCAGAUUGGAUACAGAGACUUUCCUCAGUGCACCCAGUGCGAGUGUGACGUCUCCGGAUCGGACAGCCAGACCUGCGACCUGGAGAGAGGAGUUUGUGGCUGCGCUGAUCGCACGGGAAAAUGUAGCUGCAAGGCGAACGUGAAGGGAGACAACUGCGACAGCUGUAAGCCCAACACGUUUGGGUUGUCGGUGCGAAACCCACUGGGCUGCAGCAAGUGUUACUGUUACGGGCUCACACAGUCCUGCACUGAGGCACAGGGACUGAUCCGGAUGUGGUUAGCGCUGAAGCCGGAGCAGACAGUGCUCCCCCUGGUGGACAAAUCCAACACCGUUGAGACGAGGAGAGGCGUGAGCUUCCAGCACCCGGAGAUCCUUGUCCAUGCGGACAUGGUGGCUCCGACCCUCUCCGAACCGUACUACUGGAAACUGCCCGAGCAGUUCAGAGGCUCCAUGAUCACAGUGUAUGGUGGCCAGUUGAAAUAUGCCGUGUAUUACGAGGCCAGAGAUGAAACCGGUCCCUCCUCGUACGAGCCUCAGGUCAUCAUUAAGGGCGGUCCCAGCCGCAGCAUCGUGAUGACACGGCACGUACCGGGUCUCCAGAUUGGUCAGCUCACCCGCCACGAGAUUGACAUGACAGAGGUAAAGUAA